AUGCGAGUGGGGACCGACAAGGCGAGCGAGAUCUUCCGCAAGAACCCGAAGUGGGCCAAGAAGUUCCUCGUGAUACGCAAGCUCACCGACAUGGUGAUGGGCGACCCAAAUUUCUUGCCCAACCCUUGCGCCAUCCUCUGCCCCUUUGACGGGCCCCGCUGCACGCACGGCUUUUUUCGGAUGAACGGGAGCUGCAAGCCCUCACAGCUCUUCUCGCACUGGCAGCAUAUGCAUGCCAACAACCCCGCCGCCAAGCAGCUGGAGGCGCGCUGGCGCCAGGCGAUCAAGAUGAAGGGCACAUCUCGCUCGAGCAGCUCGACCAGCGACGUGGGGAAGGUGCUGCUGACCGCAGAGUUGUUGGAGAAGGAGGCGUCGAUCCGGGAUGUGUGCGAGGCGGAGAGGCGCGCGGGCGCGGCAAAGAUGGCGGCGGUCGAGGCCGUAGUGGCCAGGGUGGAGGGUGAGGCCGCGGGGGGCGACCGCCUCGCGUUGGAGGCUCUGCGGGGCGCGGAGGCGGCGGCGAGGAGGGCGUCGGGCGACGCGCAGGCGGAGCUGGAUCGCUUGAAGAGGAUGCACCAGCUCAUGGCGUUCAGGCGUGCUACCGUAGCGUUCGGUGCCGCGGCGCUGCUCGUGUUCGCGACGGCAACGAUCCAGUCGCCGCCGGACGAGGACGACGAGGAGGAGGGGGAUCUGUUCGAGGAGCCGUUCUGGGCCGAGUUCGCUGGCAAGAUCCAGUCUUCUGUGGAUGGCGGGACGCUGCUCCGGGCGCGGCGGUGGGGCAACAUCGCCAACGGCGUGCUCCUUGGCACGACGGGUCCGAUCGCGCUCAUCAUUUCGGCCAUCGGCCUGCGGCUGCCGCACGCCGUGCUCGCGGGGUAUCUCGCUGCGCUCGGCGGCACCAUCACCUCACUGGAGCUCGGGCUCUCGCCCAUCGCGCCGUGGAUACUGCGCUUUGUCUCGGCCGAUGAGCUGGAGGGCGGCGAUGUACGAGGAGGGGUGGACCAGGCCGCGGACUACGAGCCCGGCGCCGAGCCCGAGAUCGACCUGCAGCCGCCGCUCUGAAGCGGCCCUCUCCGGCCGCUGGGGUGGUGGCGGCGGCAGUGGCGGUGAUAGCCGCGGGCGUGCAAGAUUGCUUGCGUCACCGCUCGCCCCCGGACUCUGCACGCGUGCGCCCACCGUUCGAAUCCAGCAGAUCCGCUCUCCUCGCGUGACACGCAGCGUCGGUGGUGGGAGGUUCAUGCGCCCUGGUUCUCCCUGGGAGGAGACGCCCCCCUGCCUGAAGCGUGAAGGCUGAAGCGCAGUGAAGUGGUCCCGGGCGUCUGUGACACUUUUUCGAGCAAAAGGCGACUUUAAA